AUGGCUGCGCUUGGGGACCAAUCAGACGCUCCUCCUGCUUCUGACCAACAAUCCAUGGCUUCGCAGAACAAACCCAUUUCUACAAUCGUCAUCGUCGUUGCUAUGCAGACGGAGGCACUUCCCGUCGUCAACAGGUUCCAGCUCACCGAGGACCGUAACUCUCCGUUUCCGCAAGGUGUUCCUUGGGUCCGUUAUCAUGGGACAUACAAAGAUCUCAAUAUAAGCUUGAUUUGGCCUGGAAAAGAUCCUGUUUUAGGUGUUGAUAGUGUAGGCACGAUAUCAUCUGCCCUUGUAACAUAUGCUGCUAUUCAAACAUUACAACCAGACUUGAUCAUCAAUGCAGGAACUGCCGGUGGCUUCAAGGCCAAAGGAGCUAGUAUUGGUGAUGUUUUCAUUGUAUCAGAUUGUGCUUUUCACGACAGAAGAAUACCCAUACCUGUUUUUGAUCUGUACGGUGUUGGUUUACGUAAAGCCUUUGAAGCACCCAACCUUGUAAAGGAGCUUAAUCUAAAGCUGGCUAAAUUGUCUACUGGUGACUCUUUAGAUAUGUCACAGCAGGAUGAAUUAUCAAUCAUCGCAAAUGAUGCUACUGUUAAAGAUAUGGAGGGAGCAGCUAUUGCUUAUGUUGCAGACCUUCUGAAAGUUCCGGCAAUUUUUGUAAAAGCUGUGACUGAUAUCAUUGAUGGUGACAAACCAACUGCAGAAGAAUUCCUGCAAAAUUUGGCAGCUGUAACCGCUGCACUUGACCUGGCAGUUGAACAAGUUAUCAAUUUUGUUAAUGGAAAGUCCGUAUCUGAACUUUGA